AUGGAGUCUUCGGAGGGUUUAAGGAAAGAGGAAGAAAAGCCAUGGCGAGUCCUCGAAUUCUACAGUGGCAUAGGCGGCAUGAAAUAUUCGCUUAUGAAGGGGGCAGUUAACGCGAAAGUCGUUGAAGCAUUCGACAUUAACGACGUGGCCAAUGAUGUUUAUGAGCAUAAUUUCGGCCAUCGACCCUACCAGGGGAACAUUCAAACCUUGAGUGCUGCUGAUCUUGACAGAUAUGAUGCGGACACAUGGCUUUUAUCUCCUCCUUGCCAACCGUACACUCGCCAAGGUCUACAGAAAGGGUCCGCUGAUGCUAGAGCUUUCUCUUUUCUCAAAAUUCUUGAACUUAUACCGCAAACUUCCCGACCUCCGCUCAUUCUAUUUGUUGAGAAUGUUGUUGGAUUUGAGAUAUCUGAUACACAUACAAAGAUGCUUCGGAUAUUGAGAGAAAAUCAUUUUGUUACACAAGAGUUUAUUCUGAGCCCCUUGCAGUUUGGUGUGCCAUAUUCCAGGCCACGUUAUUUUUGUUUGGCUAAAAGGAAACCCGCGUCUUUUCAGUACCCACAAUUUAAUAAUGAACUUCUUUGGGCUCCAGGCCCUUUACUUGGGACUGACGGUUGCACGGUGACUAGUGAAGGAGAACAAUUGCAUGGAUGUUGUGAUAAAUUGCUUCAAGCUUGUCAACCUAUAGAAGAUUUUUUGGAAUUGAAGAAUUUUAGGGAUGAGGAUUUAGAUUCCUGCAUUGCUAAUGUGUCCGAAACUUCUGAUGAAAUUGAAGAAGGAAAUAGAUCUGUCAAUUGUCCAUUAAAUCAAUUCUUUGUUCCAUCGAGCUUGGUGGAGCGGUGGGGAAGUGCCAUGGAUAUUGUUUUUCCUGAGUCAAAGCGCUGCUGUUGUUUUACAAAAAGUUAUUAUCGAUACGUGAAGGGAACUGGAUCUCUUUUGGCAACUAUCCCGGGGACGACAAAAGAUAAAAUAUCUAAAGUGGAGGACUUACGACUUAGAUACUUCACGCCUAGGGAGGUUGCUAAUUUACAUUCUUUUCCGGAUGAUUUCCAAUUUCCACAUGACGUAAGCCUUCGGCAACGUUAUGCAUUGCUUGGGAACAGUUUGAGCGUUGGAGUGGUGGCUCAGCUAUUUCGCUAUCUAUUUACGAAUCAAUCAUGUUAA